AGAUUCAUGCUUUCAGAUUUCAACUGGUGAGUCUAAUCAGUCUUAAUUAUUGCUAAUCGUCUUUGUUCUUAUCAAAUCUAUAGUUCUGAUUAAAAAAUAUCAAUUAAAGACCAUUUGACCUGCAAGAUUACUAGAUCCUGGGUGCUUUUGUUUGUUCUUAUGUUCAUUGUCUUGACUUCUCAGUUUGAGUGGAUCGAACAAGUUGAGAGUGAAACUGAGACUAGUUGUCCUCUGGUUCUUUCAGAUAAAGAGCAACCUCAUAUACCACAAGGCAAAGAAUCUCAUGUGCAUGAAAAGAAAAAUCUAUCUCAAGAAAAGAAGAUUCAGAAACUUAAUGAGCUGGACCGAGAUCUAAGGAGGCAGUUGCUGCAAUGCGGAAAUGAAAAUCAGGUUGAAUUGAGGGAGCUGGAAACUGAGCUUGAUUAGCUUCUAUUAAGAGAUGUUUAGCUCCAUUUUACAGGUUGAUGCUUUUACUCUGUAAUCCUCCAUAGGCUUCAAGUGUAAAUCCAGAUAUUUGAUCAAUCUAAUACCAUAGCCUCUCUUUCUAAGAACUACACUUGAAGAUUCUGUACUUUGAAGGAGAAAUCAAAGAAGAGUGGUCCU